UAAAGGGUCUCGGGUACUAGGGCAAGGGUUUCUACUCCCUGUUUGCCCGGCGCCGAAACCCCUCUCUAGCAGCAGCGGCAGCCACACCGCGGGCAGCACCAUGGCGGUCGGCAAGAACAAGAGGAUCUCCAAGGGAAAGAAGGGAGGAAAGAAGAAGGCGGUCGAUCCCUUCGCGAAGAAGGACUGGUACGACAUUAAGGCGCCAUCAGUCUUCAGCGUGAGGAACAUCGGGAAAACCCUCGUCUCAAGGACCCAGGGUACCAAGAUUGCGUCCGAGGGUCUGAAGCACAGAGUGUUUGAAAUUUCUUUAGCUGACCUUCAGAAUGAUGAAGACCAAGCUUACAGAAAGAUCAGGCUUCGUGCAGAGGACGUUCAAGGGAAAAAUGUUCUCACAAACUUCUGGGGCAUGGAUUUUACGACCGACAAGCUUAGGUCGUUGGUUCGGAAGUGGCAAUCUCUGAUUGAGGCACAUGUUGAUGUGAAAACCACUGAUAAUUACACUCUGCGGAUGUUCUGUAUUGGCUUCACCAAGAGACGUCCAAAUCAGGUCAAGCGCACUUGCUAUGCUCAAACUAGCCAGAUCCGGCAGAUACGCCGUAAGAUGAGAGAGAUUAUGGUCAAUCAAGCUACAUCCUGUGAUCUCAAGGAUCUGGUACAGAAAUUUAUACCUGAGGUCAUUGGGAAGGAGAUUGAGAAAGCAACAAGCAGCAUCUAUCCACUUCAAAAUGUAUUUAUCCGGAAGGUCAAGAUACUGAAGGCCCCAAAAUUUGAUUUGGGGAAGCUCAUGGAGGUUCAUGGAGACUACAAGGAGGAUGUGGGUGUUAAGAUCGACAGGCCUGCUGACGAUGUCCAAAUGGAAGGUGAGCCAGAAGUUGUUGGUGCCUAAAAGAAUGUGGUUCUAGUAUUGUUUUCAUUUUAAAAGUCGUACUGUUUUUUAGAAAAAUACCAUCCCUUGAUACAGUGGGUGGUAUGGACUUUCAGCAGUUUUGAUAUUAGUUUUUGAUAGCAGUUGCCUCUUACAUUUUCUGUUGAGGUUAUUGGUGACGGCUUAUCUUAAUUUGGUUCAGUGCAAUGUGAUAUGCUUAUUCAAUUCUGACUUCUGAAUUUAGUUUUUACUUGAUUUUCUGA